UGUAAAGAUAUGUACAUCUUCAAACAAACAAACACAUAUUUCAAGUUCAACACAAUUAAUGGGAUCUAAUAAUCAUCUUUCUUUCACUUGGGUUCUUCUUUUUUUCUUGGCAUUACAUACAAAAUUUGUCAUCCUAGCUUAUGGGAUCAAGUCCACACGACUCCUAGACCUCGCAAUUCGAUAUUACACCUUCAAGUCAUACAAGAACUUCAAAACCGGGACAUCGUAUAACGUUCAUUUACCAUCAAAUUUCACGGGGAUCAACGUUAGCACGGUCAAGUAUCGUUGUGGAAGCCUCAAGAGGUAUGGUGCAAGGAUUCAAGAAUUUUAUUUAGGAGUCGGUGUAGAUGUUUAUCCAUAUGUAGAAAGAGUCCUUGUAGUAACACAAAACCUAGGAAACAAUUGGUCAAAUAUUUACUAUGAUAAUUACAACCAAUUACUUGGUUAUCAACUCGUGUCUCCCGUAUUAGGAUUACUAGCAUAUAAUGCUGCAGACGAUACAAGAUACAACGUUCAAUCCGAGGUUAAAAUACAAUCCCCGGAAGCAAAUGGAAUAAAGAUAGACUUUAGUAACUACACCAUGAAAAAGAAUAACAACACAUUGCAUGGCAAGGUACAAAUGUGUGCAACAUUUGGAGACGACGGAAAGGUAACGCUAGAAAAAGAGGUUGCACCGAAUAUUUGUGCAACUACGAGGCAUGGCCAUUUUGGGCUAGUGGUGCAAUCAUCACCAAUAUUGGUGCCCCCGGAGAGGAAGAAGAUAAAGAAGUGGAAGGUGGUGUUUGGAAGCUCGUUUGGGGCGGCAAUUGGGGCUUUUCUAUUGGGAUUGCUUUUGAUUGCCAUGUUUGUGAAAGUGAAGAAGAAAGCAAGAAUAUUGGAGGAUAUGGAAAGAAGAGCUUAUGAAGAAGAAGCACUUCAAGUUUCUAUGGCUGGACAUGUUAUUCGAGCUCAUAAUGUUCAAAACCAUCAGCCUGCUCGGUGAGUUCUAGCAUAUGUUUGUACUACUAUACGUCUAGUACAUUAAUUGUAUCCAUAGAUUCUUUGUUUGUAAUAUUUUUUUUUAUCAUGCAUUGAGUUCGAUCAACUGUAUGUUUGUACUACGUGUAUAGCACACUCUUGUCAUAUUAA